AUGCUUUUGUUUCUACACGUCGUGCUGACGAUUUUCAUCUGUGUUUGUGGGUACGACAUUGACGAUUACAAUUUACAAUACUACUCAGAAACGCUUCCCUCAAAGCUAUCUUUAACAAACGACAGCAAGCAUAAUCUAUUACUGCCUUUCAACACUACGAGAUUGCCUAGUAGUAACGAGUCCCUUGAAAUCCGUGAGUUUAUCAAGUCUCAUUUUGCCAAUAACUUGGAUAGUGAAUGGAUUGUUGAGGAGGAUACACAUUUUGAGAAUGGUUUGAAUUUCACUAAUCUUAUUUUCACGUGGAACCCGACUGCCGCAAGCUUUAUCGUUCUUGCAGCACACUACGACACGAAAUUUGAGCCCGCGGGGUUCAUUGGGGCCAUGGACAGUGCUGCGUCCUGUGCUAUCAUGAUGUACGCUGCAGAGUUCAUGGACGAGGCAUUCCAACACGACUCUCUUUUAAUCAACCACAAUAUGGGGCUCAAAAUUGUGUUCUUUGACGGAGAGGAAGCGGUGAAGGAUUGGACACCAGAGGACUCCCUGUACGGGGCCCGUCAUUUAGCAGAGUCAUGGGAAAAGAACAAACUCCUGCCCCGUAUUGAGAUCCUUAUCCUCAUGGACCUAAUCGGUGGGAAGACCCAAGUCAAGAUCCCGUCCUACUACCGACAGGGCCACCCUUACUACCAACUACUUGACUCGAUCGAGGACGCGUACUUGACCACAGAAUUCGCGGAGGAAACGUCACAUCACAAGGAACUUGACGUAGAGGAUAUCGCAUACUUGCUCAUAAACCAGGUUCUCAUCGAGGACGACCACGUCCCCUUCUACAAGAAAGGGGUCGCUCCUUUACACCUGAUCCCAACCCCCUUCCCACCACAGUGGCACACCAUUGACGACGACUUCGACCAUCUGGACCAGGGAGAGGUCAACAAGUGGGCUGUCAUGAUGUGCGAGUGCCUCCAUGAACUGUUCGCACUGCCCGCGAACGUGACGUGA